AUGCAGGAACCCCUGAUGCUGGAGAAACUGGAACGCACAGACGAGGCCUACAAGUCCCUAUCGGGACGCAUGGCAGACCCGACCGUGGCAGGGAACCCCACAGAAUUCCAGCGCGUGGCCAAGGCAGCAGCUGCCUUGGAGGACCAGGUGACGGCGUUCAGCAAGUACAAGGACCUUGUGACAGCCCUUCAGGAGGCCAAGCAGCUGCUGCGUGAGUGUGAUGGAGACCAGGAGAUGGCAGAGCUAGCACGAGAGGAGAUAGAGUCCGUAUCAAAUGAGCUCAACAGCCUCACAAAGGAACUGAAGAUUCUGCUCCUGCCAAAGGACCCGCUGGAUGAAAAGAAUGUCAUGCUCGAAAUCAGAGCAGGCACUGGUGGGGAGGAGGCCGCCCUGUUUGCAGCAGAGCUGCUGCGCAUGUACCAGAAGUACGCAGACCUGCAGAACUGGAAGCUUUCGCGCGUCAGUGAGAGUGAGGCGGACAAUGGCGGCUUGAAGGAAGCGUUCAUUGAGGUGAGCGGCACGGCGGUGUACAGCAAGCUCAAGUACGAGAGCGGCGUGCACCGCGUGCAGCGAGUGCCGGCCACGGAGUCGUCCGGGCGCGUGCACACAUCCACCGCCACGGUCGCCGUCAUGCCGGAGGCCGAUGACGUGGACGUCAAGAUUGACCCCAAGGACAUUGAAUUGACCACCGCGCGCUCCGGCGGCGCUGGCGGCCAGAAUGUGAACAAGGUGGAGACGGCUGUCGACCUCAUCCACAAACCCACUGGCAUCAGAAUUUUCUGCACGGAGCAGCGGUCACAGGGGCAGAACAGGGAGCGGGCAAUGCAGAUUUUGCGUGCGCGGCUGUUUGAAAUAGAGUUAGAGAAGCAGCGAGCUGCAGAGGCAGCCAGGAGGAAGAGCCAGGUUGGCACUGGGUCAAGGUCAGAGAAGAUCAAGACCUACAAUUUUAAGGACUCGCGCGUUUCAGAUCACCGUACGAAAUUGAACUUUGACCUCAACAAGGUUCUGGACGGUGAAUUGGACACCUGUAUCCAAGCGCUCAUCAAUCUUGAUCAACAAGAGCAGAUGGAGGCCUUCGCAGAGGCAUCUGAGUGA